ACAGAAAAUCAAGGCCAUCUUAUGUGGAAUACCGAGGGACUAUAUAUAUAAAGUGUUGUGUCAGUACAACAGGCAGGGUUUUCUAUUUCUCAAUGGCUCCUCUGGUUCUGUUUCUCUUCUCAGCACUUGCUGCUUGGCCUCUUGGCUUUGAAGCUCGUGUGGUUACAGACUUUCAAACGUGUAAUCAAUUCUUUUACAAAAACACUGAACCCACAGGUAUAGAUCAGAAUGCUGAAAAAAUAUGCCAGAAAAAAGGUUUCGACUACUACGCUUCCCUGUAUUCCACAAGUCAUCGGAUACCAGUGUACAGUGCCUAUACCAUUGAUCAUACCUGCAGGAACAAUGAUUUACAGAGAAGAGGAGUCUGGUUUAUUGAACCACAGAUUUCUAACCUUGGCGAAGCAGACAUGACUGUUGCAGGACAAAACAAAGACUUGAUCAAACAAAAUCAAGCACUCAACGAGGAUUAUGAACACACUGACUACGACCGCGGACACUUAAACCCAAAUAGUUAUCACUGUAACGAGGGCCGUGUCGCCACUUUCACGCUGACCAACGCUGUGCCGAUGGAUGCGUGUUUCAAUCGAGUCCAUUGGAAAAAAUAUGAGGAUUAUUUGAGAACUAUAGUACUAGGACUUCAUGGGAUGGGAAGAGACUUUUUUGUAACAGGGGCUGUGCCUUCAAUAAACAGAAUCCCUGUGCCAGGGUUGGACACCACUGAAAAUGUCCGGGAAUUUAGUAGGGUUACAAUUCCCAGUCACAUGUGGACCGCUCUGUGCUUUGAGCACAAUGAUGAACAGUAUUCAUUUUCAAUAGGUUACAUAGGAGAGAAUAAAGCAGAUGCCAUCAUCCAGGUCAUGUCAGUCCCUGAUCUUGUACACAGGCUGGGUGAGCUAUACAACAGCAAUAACCUGCAGAUCUUUGACAAUGACUGUUAUUCUAAUUCUCAGAAAUCUAAAGAAGUUCUACAGCAACUGUUUAAAAAACUGGAUCUCCCUCAGCUUCAAAGAAUGUUUUUCUUAGAUCAAAAUGUCCAACAUCUUUUAUCUGCAAGCUUAUCGAAAAGACAGAGGCGCAGUGGCAGUCAAGAACCGAUUAAAAAGCCCAGAAUUUCUGAAAUGACGUUGGAAAUGAACUACAGGGAUAUGACAGAGUGGUUCGACAGUAACGAGUACAUGAAGCUCAACGCCGAAACUACUUGUAUGUUCGAACUCAAUUCGAAAGUGCAGUCGUCCUGGCCGACAUUCAUCAAAGAUGAGCUUCGUAUGAGACGUUCUGCUGAGAAACUUGACGAUUACAUCUGUAAACUCAUCCCAGAGAAGUCUAGACCCGAGUCUGACAUCACGGCCGAUGGUACUCAUUGCAGAAAAGAUACGAAGUGUUCAAGCGGCAGCUGUCCAACUGAUAAAGGAAAUAAAGAGUGCUGCACGUCACCCUGCCUGUAUGACCACUUCUCGAAAGAUUUCAUUUGCAGUUCGGGACAGCGAAAAAUCAGGUGCUCCACCCAGUAUUCCGCUGUGACUGUAAGCGGUAAAGCAUGCAAACAUGAUCACCCAUGUGGGACUUAUGGAGAGGCGUAUUAUUGGUGUAACACGGACACUGAUUGGGAUUUCUGCAGCCCGCCUUAUGUUAACAGUAUAGGUACAAAUGGAAAAACUUGCCGAGACAACCAUGAAUGCAGCACCUAUGGGGAAAGUUACCAUUGGUGUUAUACUGAUCGAGCCAACCACUGGAGUGAGUGCUGCACCGAUAAAGAUCCCUAUGUAGCUGUGAAUGGUAAAAUAUGCAAACCAGAAAAACCAUGUGGCGCCUAUGGAGAAAAUUACCUAUGGUGCUACACCACAGAUGGUUCGUGGGAUUACUGCUGCACAAAAUACAACUAAGUUUCUGUGGUUGUCAUUAGGUCGAUAAGCUUUGCUGGUUUCUUUCUGUUGCUGCAAAUAAUUAGAUUAUAAAUGCAGGCAGACAGACUUUGAUGUGCCCUGAUGCAUUUCUUUACCUGUCAUUCUUUGCAUGGCAAUAACCUUUUCAGGUUUCAUCUUUAAUUUAUUAUUACUCUGCCAUCAGGAGAUCAUACCCUGUGUAUAUAUUUUUUAUAGUUUAAUUUGGGGGGUAUAAGUUUUGAGAACCGUUGCAGCAAGCAAAACCUAAGUUAUUAAAGACUAAAAUGACAAAAUGUAAAGAAGUUUUAAACAAACCUGGCAAUGCUUGUAUAAUGAGUAAGAUUGAAACAUACAUGGUUUCUUCAUGGUGGUGACUAAAGACUAAGAUUGCUUGUAUUUUUGUUUAUAACAAUUGAAAUAUAAUUGUUUAAGAAAGGGGGUGCAUGGUUGGCUGAAAUUGGUACAACGAUUGGAACAACAAUUGUGAGAUGAAUAAUAUUCUGUUGUGUGUUAACAUUGAUCAAAUUGUUCUUGAUCCGAGCAACAAUGAAGCAGAUGACAGUGAUUAAAGUGAAUGGUCCAAUGCAAUACAAUGAUGGAUGGAUACCCUGGAUGGACAGAAAUACCAAAUUGUGAGGGAAAUGAUUCCUCCAGUGAAGAUAUGUAUGGGGAGAUGAAUAAUGAGCCAUGCCAUAAGUGCUAGCCUAAACUCUCCCCAGCAGUGGUACUCUACGUUAUGCUAAGUGAUUGGGUUGAAAAUCUUUUGUUAACAGGACCUUUGAAAGAAAAAGUAACGUUUUAGUGAUCUUAUGCUGUCACAUCAAAUGUGCUGUCACUCAAAUAAAAAAAUAUAUUUUGA